CGUACCAAAUUCAAACGUCCGUCAAAAACAAAUUAAAAAAUAAACGUUAUGUAUUAAUCGUAACUGGCCAGUAACAUAGAUAUAUUUUGUGUUUAGUGUAAUGUGUUAGUAUUUUUUAUAAUGGAGGGGCGGAGGACUUGGGAUGGAGUGCCGCUGGGCGAGUCGCACUCUCCUCCACAGUCGGUGCCGGGGCGACGGACGCCGUUGGGUGCUGUUGGCCUCGGCGGCUUCUACAUGCAAGGAGGCCAGCCUCCGCCUCAGCAACAUUGCUAUCCCACCGAUGAAAACCAACCGGAACCAGGAACAAGCUACGCUCAAAGACCCAUUGGAGAAGGUAAAUCUAAACAGAAGAUAAGACAAGGAAAAAAUGUGAGACUGAAUAUCAACGCUCGGGAACGGAGGAGGAUGCACGAUUUAAAUGAUGCGCUCGAUGAAUUGCGUAGCGUCAUCCCCUAUGCACACUCGCCAUCCGUUCGAAAGCUUUCCAAAAUAGCAACACUGCUUCUUGCAAAAAACUACAUCCUUAUGCAGGCCAGCGCGCUUGAAGAGUUGCGCAGAUUGGUAGCUUAUCUCCAAGGGACAGCCACAGCUGCUGGCUUCGUACCACCACCAGGAUUCGACUUGACCACUCUCCCUGCAGCUGCGAAACUUUUACAGCCUCCGAAUACUGGGCCGCCCGCGCCGCCAGAUCCACCCUCUUGAGACCUAAUUGUUAAAUAUGAACCAUAGCAUAGUUUCUUCUAGAUAUAUAAUGUCAAAACUAUAAAAUUAAACAUUAUAAAGUCCAUAU